AUGUCAAGUACUAAUACUGGAACGCUGCCCACUCUUACAAUCGAUACAGAUGUCAGCGUUAAUCAUAAUACCGCUUGUCCGUUAAUUCCAAACCAACCAUUAAACAGUCCCAAAUUUGAAUCAACAAGGAGGAAAAAAAAAAAUCGGAUCACUGCAAAGUUGUCACGAUUAAAAUCAAAGAGCAUUUCAAGUAAUAGUUCAAGUGCAGACGAACAAGGUGAAGAUUACACGCUUUUUUGCUGUUGCUCUAUAAAUGUAUUAUCACGAACAAUUCCGGCCUCGGUAAAAUCAACUGCAUCGCCACGACGCAUUUUUCAUAGGCAAAGAAAACAUAAAUCUAAAAAUAAACAUAAUUUUAUCAAUCGACCAAAAUUGCGUAACAUCAUGAAUUUUGAUGUUAAUAAAUUCGGCGUGUUACCAUCCUUUCCAGUAAAUCAAGCAAGUAUCCCAACUUUACCGGUGGAUGGAUUUUCAAUACAAAUGAACCUUGAAGCUAUACCCAAAUAUCAUGAUUAUCCACAUCUAUUUUUAUUUAAAGAUAUAGCGUGCAAGGAUGAAUCUAUUCGGUUUUUGAUUUUCCAGAUCUCUAAUCAUGUACUGUAUUAUAACAGCGUUGAUAAGAUAGAAGAUCAGGAAUGGUGUAUCAAACAUUUUAAAACUCCUUUAGAUGAAUCGUCAAACAAUGAAAGUUUAGAGUUUGAUGAUAUCGAAGUAGAUCAGCCGAGAUUUGAUGACAUUAGUAAUCAAGGGAAGAAUAAAAAAAUACAAGAUAUUAGAAAGCGUCAAUUAUUGGACAGGUUUCGUAAUAUCGAGUACAAAAAAAUUGGGCUUGUUGAUAAUGUGGAUAUCAUGGACAAUAUUAAUUCUGAAUCAAAAAAUGAUAAUGAUCCAGAGUGGAAACGAUUUGAAAUCAAAAUUAAUGAAAUAAGUUUCAUUUUGGGUGCUGCUCUCGUUGAAGAUAAAUCACGGUUCCUAAACAGUAUAAGAUUUUUCGCAACAGAAAAAAAGAGACCAAUUAGGGAUUUAUUGAAAUAUAAAGGACACAUUAUGGAAACUUUCUCUGAUUCCGAAGAUGAAAGUAUAGAUAGUGAAGAUGAUGAUGAUCUGAGGCGAGACAAAUUCUAG